UCCGACAAACCAUCAGGCUCUGUGGACAGUUAGAAUCUUUAGUUCCUGCCAGGCGCGGUGGCUCACGCCUGUAAUCCCAGCUCUCAGGGAGGCAGAGGCGGGAGGAUAGCUUGAGCCCAGGAGUUCGAGACCUGCCUGGGUAAUAUAGCGAGACCCCGUUCUCCACAAAAAGGAAGAAAAAACAAGCAAACAAAAAAAGGAAUCUUCAGUUCCUGUGAGCGUCGGUUUGGUCUGGGCACGUCCAGUACUCCCUUUCACUUCCGGUCCCUUUCUUUUGCGUUUCCGACAAAACAUCAGUGUCUGUGGGCAGUUAGAAUCUUCAGUUCCUGUGAGCGUCGGCAUCUUCUGGGCCUGUGGAGUUUCUUGGACAGGGGCCGCGGGGCUCCAGGACGGCGCGCUUAGCGACACCAUGGCCCGAAAUGCAGAAAAGGCCAUGACGGCCUUAGCAAGAUUUCGCCAGGCUCAGCUGGAAGAGGGAAAAGUGAAGGAACGAAGACCCUUUCUGGCCUCAGAAUGUACUGAGCUGCCCAAAGCUGAGAAGUGGAGACGACAGAUCAUUGGAGAGAUCUCUAAAAAAGUGGCUCAGAUUCAGAAUGCUGGUUUAGGUGAAUUUCGAAUUCGUGACCUGAAUGAUGAAAUUAACAAGCUGCUAAGGGAGAAAGGACACUGGGAGGUCCGGAUAAAGGAGCUGGGCGGUCCUGAUUAUGGAAAAGUUGGUCCUAAAAUGCUGGAUCAUGAAGGAAAAGAAGUCCCAGGAAACCGAGGUUACAAGUACUUUGGAGCAGCAAAAGAUUUGCCUGGUGUUAGAGAGCUGUUUGAAAAAGAACCUCUUCCUCCUCCCAGAAAGACACGUGCUGAGCUCAUGAAGGCAAUCGAUUUUGAGUACUAUGGUUACCUAGAUGAAGAUGAUGGUGUUAUUGUGCCUUUGGAACAGGAAUAUGAAAAGAAACUCAGAGCCGAGUUAGUGGAAAAGUGGAAAGCAGAGAGAGAGGCUCGGCUGGCAAGAGGAGAAAAGGAAGAGGAGGAGGAAGAAGAGGAAGAGAUCAACAUCUAUGCAGUCACCGAGGAGGAGUCGGAUGAGGAAGGCAGCCAGGAGAAAGGAGGGGAUGACGGCCAGCAGAAGUUCAUUGCUCACGUCCCUGUUCCCUCGCAGCAAGAGAUUGAGGAGGCACUGGUGCGAAGAAAGAAAAUGGAACUCCUCCAGAAGUAUGCAAGCGAGACUCUGCAGGCCCAAAGUGAAGAAGCCAGAAGGCUCCUGGGGUAUUAGGACCCAGCUGGGGCUGUCCUUGAAGUUCUUCCAUCCCCCAGUGGUACCUCAGGACCCAGGGCUGCAGACAGGCAGGCUAGUGCUGAGCCCCAUUCUCAGCCUUCCUUCCCUCUCCUUAUCUCGUGCUGACUCGACGGUAGAGGUCUGUCCCUGGUCUUCCUGGUAGGUUUUGUACACAUAUUUUGCUACUGUGUGGAUCCAUUUAUUUUUAUUGUGGAGUGUAUACAACAGGUUGCGAACUGGCUGCCUGUAUCUGAUUUUGCCUUGCACUGUGAUUUUGAGGAGAGAAGAAUCAAUUAGUGGCAAACAUUUAAAAAUGCAAUUUUUUGCAGACCAAAGUAUAAUUUUUAAAAAAUGCAAAUUUUUGGCCGGGCGCGGUGGCUCAAGCCUGUAAUCCCAGCACUUUGGGAGGCCGAGACGGGCGGAUCAUGAGGUUAGGAGAUCGAGACCAUCCUGGCUAACACGGUGAAACCCUGUCUCUACUAAAAAAUACAAAAAACUAGCCGGGCGAGGUGGCAGGCGCCUGUAGUCCCAGCUACUCUGGAGGCUGAGGCAGGAGAAUGGCGUAAACCCGGGAGGCAGAGCUUGAAGUGAGCUGAGCCGGCUACUAUACUCCAGCCCCGGUGAGAGAGUGAGACUCUGUCUCAAAAAAAAAAAAGCAGAUUUUCUAAAAGACAAAUCUUCUCUUGAAAAAUGAGAUGAUGUGGCCAGGUGUGGUGGCUCACGCCUGUAAUCCCAGCACUUUGGGAGGCUGAGGCAGGCGGAUCAUGAGGUCAAAAGAUCGAGACCACCCUCGCCAACGUGGUGAAACCCCAUCUCUACUAAAAAUACAAAAAAAUUAUUCUGAUGCUGGGCGUGGUGGCAGGCGCCUGUGGUCCCAGCUACUUGGGAGGCUGAGGCAGGAGAAUCGCUUGAAUGCGAGAGGUAGAGGUUGAAGUGAGCUGAGAUCGUGCCACUGCACUCCAGCCUGGUGACAGAGUAAGACUCUGUCCCAAAAAAAAAAAAAAGGAGAUGAUAUGUCAGACCUGAACAUGCACCCCACAGGUCAAUGACCAGGUCCCUCUGUGUCGGGCGCUGCUCUGGCCUCUCUGUGAGCCCCGCUCCACCUGCUCCACUCGCUCCUGCCUGGGUGGCAGGAAUUUGAGUUUGCUACUCCUGUUUUAUAACCUGUUCUGCAGAAACCUAUUUUUAUUAAAGAUUUUUAUAAGAAAGGGAAA